AUGGCUCUACAGAACGAGCCCUCCGUGGGCUACUUUUUGGAGGGCGAGGCAGGCAGCGGGGAUGGCUGCAAGCGCGCGAGUUCGUCAAGGAGGGCAUUGCACUGUUUAUCGCGCAUAAUUCCGCACGGUGGUCUUCUGGCGACGACGUUUAACCUUGCGAGCGCCACUCUUGGUGGCGGGGUGAUCAGCCUGGCUGCGGCCUUUCAGAUGAGCGGUGUCGUGUCCUCCAUUAUCCUCCUUGUGCUUGUGACGGCGUGCACUGUCUAUUCUGUCGGCCUGAUGAUGCAGGCUGUUGAGCUGACAGGCUAUGCUUCUGACGCGCAACUUUCAAGGAAGCUCUUUGGCCGGGGGUGGGACUACUUCACAGUAUCCCUUACGUGGUUGUUCACCUUCGGCACCUGUGUGGGCUACGUCAUUGCCACUGGCCGUCUCAUGGAGCCCGUGCUGUCCGCUCCUUCCUUGCCGGAGUUCUGGCGCUCCUUGGCCGGCAAUCGCGUGGCGACGAGUGCAAUUUGGUUUGUGGGCAUGUUCUCGCUGUCGCUGCCGAAGGAGAUCAACUCCCUGCGCUACGCCUCUGCUGCUGGGGUGCUUUUCAUUUGCUUCUUUAUUGUGUGCGUUGUGGUCCACUCCGUGCGCAAUGGAUUUCGGGGCGGCAAGCUCCGUGAUGAUAUUGUCAUGUUCAAGACGGGAAACGGAGCAAUUGAAGGCCUCUCCAUCUUCAUGUUUUCGUACCUGUGCCACAUGAAUUGCUUCUCCAUUUAUGCGGAAAUGCACAAGCCAAGCGCGAAACGCAUGACGCUCCACACCGCCUGCAGCAUGACUCUGUGUUGCAUUGCGUACAUCGCUGCCGGAUUCUUCGGUUACGCCGACUUUGGAGCCCAGGUGACGGACACUGUUCUCGUGUUCUACGACGUCCGAGGCGAUGUGAUGAUGGCUGUGGCCUACGCAGGAAUCCUGUUUAAGCUGUGUGUUGGGUUUUCGCUGUGUAUGCAGCCCGCUCGCGAUUGCUGCUAUUACAUCAUCGGCUGGGAUGUGAACACAGUCCCCGUUUGGAGGAAUUGCCUUUUUUGCGGAGCCAUGGCACUCGGCGCUCUGCUGCUUGGGCUCUUUAUUCCUGUGCUGAACACCGUCUUUGGGCUGCUGGGCAGCCUCUGCGGCGGCAUUCUUGGCUUCUGCCUGCCGGCACUGUACCGUAUGUACUGUGGGAACUGGAGCGUGGCGACAGUGGGGAUCGUGAACUACGUUUGCACCUACCUCCUCCUCAUUGCUGGUGUGGUGGCGGUUGUCUUCGGCACAGGGGCUUCUGUGUACGGCGUGGUUGUGUAG